GAAUCGAGUCACAGCUCUAGUGUGACAUUUAUGUGUGUGUGUGUGUGUUGUGUCGUAUGUGAGAAAGUGACGAAUUAGUUUUCAUCAAAUGGAAAAUAAUUUAGUUUGAAAGCACGUAUAAAUUUCAAUAGGAGAGCAAAAAAAAAACAAAAAAACAACAAACACUUGCAAAUCUAUAACAAUAAUUUAAGGAAAAGCAUAACUAGCGCUAAACAACAACAACAAAAAACAAUCAAAGAUGGCCGAAGGCGGUAGUAAACGCAUCAACGUGGUAGUUAAAACGCCAAAGGACAAGAAAACUGUUGAAGUCGAUGAAGAUUCUGGAAUAAAAGAUUUUAAAAUUUUGGUGGCACAAAAAUUCGAAUCGGAACCGGAACAAUUGGUUUUGAUAUUUGCGGGUAAAAUUAUGAAAGACACGGACACACUGAAAAUGCAUAACAUCAAGGAUAAUCUAACGGUGCAUUUGGUCAUAAAAGCGCCCACCCGCAACAAUGAGACUCCGGCCCGGGCUCCGGCGGAUGUACGCCAGACGCCGUUUGGCUUGAAUCAAUUUGGCGGCUUGGCGGGAAUGGAGGCAUUGGGCGCUGGCUCAAAUACAUUUAUGGAUUUGCAGGCGCGCAUGCAAAAUGAACUAUUAAAUAAUGGCGAUAUGUUGAGAUCCUUGAUGGAUAAUCCUCUAGUGCAACAGAUGAUGAAUAAUCCGGAGACGAUGCGACAAUUGAUUACAUCGAAUCCACAGAUGCAGGAUUUAAUGCAACGUAAUCCGGAGAUAUCGCAUAUGCUGAACAAUCCGGAUUUGUUACGGCAGACCAUGGAGUUGGCCCGGAAUCCGUCCAUGUUGCAGGAAUUGAUGCGUUCCCAUGAUCGUGCCAUGUCCAAUUUGGAAUCGGUUCCGGGUGGUUAUAGCGCCUUGCAGCGCAUUUAUCGUGAUAUACAGGAGCCGAUGAUGAAUGCGGCCACGGAGUCAUUUGGCCGGAAUCCCUUUGCCGGACUGGUAGAGGGAGGAGGUGGUGCAAAUAAUGGUACGGCCGGAGUGAAUCCACAGCAGGGACAGGAGAAUCGCAAUCCAUUGCCAAAUCCCUGGGGUGGUACGGGUAAUCGCACUGGUUCCGGUUCGGGUUCGGGUUCCGGUUCGCUGUCACAGUCCAACAAUCGGGGCGGAGAUCAGCCACCAAAUAACGUACUCAAUACGCCGGCAAUGCGCAGUUUACUGCAACAAAUGGCCGACAAUCCGGCUUUAAUGCAGAAUCUGCUGAAUGCGCCGUAUACGCGCUCUAUGAUGGAGUCCAUGUCACAGGAUCCGGAUAUGGCGUCACGGCUCCUGAGCUCCAGUCCGUUGCUAUCAAAUAAUCCGCAAUUGCAGGAUCAGGUGCGACAGAUGAUGCCCCAGUUUAUGAAUCAAAUGCAGAAUCCGGAUGUGAUGAAUAUGUUGACCAAUCCGGAGGCGAUCAAUGCCAUCCUACAGAUCCAACAGGGUAUGGAACAGCUGCGCAGUGCUGCACCAAAUCUGGUGGGAACAUUAGGUAUACCGCCACCACCACCCGGCAUUAAUCCGACGGCGACUGGCGGCGAUUCAGCCGGAUCCGGUGAUGGUGGCAUUCAUGUGAAUAGCGCUAACAACUCGUCACCAGCGACGGCCCAAAAUGCGGUGAAUGCGGGAGGAGUGGGAGUGGGAGGAGGAGCUGCACCCAAUUUGGCGCCUGGCGGUGGUCCGAAUGCGCAGCUAUUCAAUGAUUUCAUGAUGCGCAUGCUCAACGGCAUGUCCAACAAUGCGGACUCAACGCAGCCGCCCGAGGUGCGCUAUCAGUCGCAGCUGGAGCAACUGGCCAACAUGGGAUUUGCCAAUCGUGAGGCCAAUUUGCAGGCGCUGAUUGCCACAUUUGGAGACAUCAAUGCAGCCGUUGAGCGUUUGCUGUCGCUGAAUCAGUUAUCUCUGAGUUAACACUGUUAAGGCCACGAAAAACGCCUCUCAUCGUAACACGCCAAACAACAAAACCAACGCAAAUAAUGUCUAUAUAUAUAUGUAUAUAUAUAUUAUAUGUAUAUAUAUAUAUAUGUGUGUGUGUAUAUGUA